UGAACGGUUUCCUUCGACAGGCGCAACAGCAAAGACGAACGAACGAACGAACGAAAACGAUACCAAGCACACAAACACAAUUUGAACCAUGGGCUGCCAGGCAUCGAAAACAGUGCCCCUGAACGAAAUCUCUGCGUCCAAAACCGCUUUCAUCGUCGGCCGCACCAUCUCCUUUGGAGAGACGGAAAACGCCGACGAUUCCUCGGUGAUCACCGCCGAGUCCCUGAACGAGGAACCCCCGUUGGUUCGACGCAACCUGCACGAUCGGAAUUCCUUUGCCAAGGUCGGGACGUGCAAGUACCGCAAGCUCCGCAAGAUGCGGGAGAGGAGGCGAGAACAGGAACGAUACGAAAGACGCGCCAGAGUCGUGGUGGUCGUCCAGCAGUAAUACAUAAACGAACGAACAAACAAACAAAGACACCGUUCCCAAGAACCGAGACAACGCAAUAGAAACCAUCGCGAACGAAAGACGCAGCAACGGACGGACCGUCGCGGCCAGUCGAGAACGUGAGGUGUAGGUUUGGUGCACUAAUACCUCGAGUCGAGCUCGAUAUGAAUACAAUGCUCGUCAUCGUUUCCGAUAACAACAAGAACAGGCCAUGAUGUAUAGUAAUAGAGUGACAUGUAUAUAUAAAACGUGAAUAUGAAUAAUCACUCGACGAGUGCAUCAAGUCUGUCAGUACAUCCGACCAACAGUAGGUUUUUCGAAUUUUUCUUGUGGGCUAUCGGUUAUGGUUGCUGCUCAUGGAUUGUUGCAUCUUGCUGCUCUCUUUAUUGCGAAGUACUCGUGCUGCUACCGGCACCAAUUGUGAAAAUGCAUCAGCAACAGCUGCAUUCUUUGUUUAUGCUGCUUACUCCACAAUGAAUCCACCCAGUGCUUGAAAUAAGCUUGACGAAUGGAUUUCAUGUUGUAUAUGUAACUUGAGCGUGGCUUAUUUUUCGAGCGAAAAAUAACCGAAGAAACAUCCCAAGAAAUCUUGCCCCUGAAUUGUGAACUUCAAAGGGGGUGCGCGCUUGCGUUCCGGAGAGCCCAUUGCCAAACGAAGUACCGUACCUGUUCGUUCGAGUACUAUUCGUAGCGUCUGCAUUUUGCUCUACUGUAGUUCGUACUUGUAUUUGACUAUCCUCCAUUAAAAACGAAGUACCGGUACGUAUUAUGUCCCACCUGAUGUCAUUUGUUUUUCGUCACAAGGUUAUCUUCGGACACGUAUCGUACGCCCUCUUCAAUUUCAUUACCAAUACAAUACAGGUAGUGGUUCAGUCACCAUAUAAGACGUUGAUGAAUGAAAAAGAAGAAUGUUCUCUGCGAUCAAGACAGCACACACAUAUAAGUACCACUAUUCAAAACAAUCGGUUUGGAACUGCGUAAAUAAAGUUCACAAAAGUGA